CACUUGUCCUUGCUUGGCAUCAUUUUAUUUUGAGAAUCAGUACUACUUGCCCAAUUUCCAGUAGCUUGUUUUAGAUGUUCGAGAGCUAAAUCAGUGAUUCUCUAAGUACUGAACUGAAUCUCGCAAAUGCUUUUGGCCAUCAUAUGCCUCUAUCUAGAAAAUUCAAGUCCCUUUCCGUUAUGCUAUUAUGCCUCCCCACAAAAUUCUUGGAUCCCUCUCUCUUGCUACUUAACAUGCUGUGCAAGUGUACAACUUAUAUGUGAAUACACUAGAAAAACAUGAUAUGCUUUAUUUGUUCUCGUAUAAAUCCAACAAAGUAGUAAAUGCACUUGUCUUACAUAUAUUAGCCAGAGUGGGGUAACCUCUGCAAAUAAAUAGCAGGCAAUUUGCCUUCAGUAGCAAUGGUUCUGCAUAUAGAUACAAAAAAUGUUCGAUCUUUGCGUGUUAUUUUAUAACCUGUAAGACAGAAUUUCAUGUGCUGCUCUGUUCUCCGAAUAUUGGUAUACAACUGAUGUGAUCCUUCGUCGAAUAGUUUUAAACUUGUUCAGCUCAUUUGCCAUGGUAAAGAACUAAAGAUAGGAUGUUUCAUCGUCUUUCACUAAGUAAUCAUGAAAUGUCAGCUUUAUUUUACAGCUUUAAAGAUACAAAUCUUUGUGCUUCUUUGGUUGUAGAUAGGAAUAGUGCAUACAUGGCUUUGCAGAGUCAAUUUUGCCCUUUUAUCGUAUCAAAACUUACCACAUACUAUUAUGUGACGCUUUCGCUAACCGCACAAUCGACUGGGCAGAACUACGAGGGGCUUAAGCAGGAGCAUGAUAAGAAGGUGGGGCUGCUGACGAAGCAGGAGGUGAGGGGUGUGGACUACCUCAAGAUGGAGAAGAACAUGAUGGAGAUGGAGAGCCUCGAGUCCAAGAUGCUGGUGGCCACCCAGUCCAUCGACACCACCACCUCCGAGAUCAUCAGGCUCAGAGAAUCAGAGCUAUUCCCUCAGCUACUUGAGCUGGUUGCUGGAGGUGAUCGAUGCUGACUAGCACGGCCCGGUGGCGCUGUGCUCUUCAACCACUCGGAGACGGAUUUUGCCGUGAAGCCUGGUUGCCAUGUCGCAUAGAUGAUCGUCCAGGUGAUUUCGACACCGGAGGUCGCCGAGGUGUGAAGGACCUUGACGCCACCGUUCGAGGGAGGGAGGAUUCGAGUCCACCGACGUCUGAACUCCGAGCCUAGGUAGAUACAUCUAGAGAAGUGGUCUGUUUAGGUUGGUGGUAGACCACUAG